UAUUAGUAUUUUUGGGUGUCAUUUUUAUAAUUUUAUUCAUUGAACAGAAAAGAUUUGGCCAAUUUUAUCAAUUAAGGCAGGAUUCAACCCAAACGACUUUAGGAAAAAACAUGCAUCAUGUGCAAGCGAACACGCAGAGGCCAAGAAUUCAAGUUUUGUUACGCUGCUUUUUCAAAUGGAGAAAAGGGUCUCUAGCUCUGACCUCCAUAGCCAAAAAGGAAAAAUAAACACCUCGGAAAUAUUAUUGGCUUUGCCGUCAGACAUUAAGAAAUGUGCUUCACAUUCAACUUGAAGAAGUUUCUUGAUCCAAGACAUGGACUCACACUAGUAUAAUAAAUGCUAGAAAUAGUGUGUCUGCUUCCAGUAAGCCACACAAUCAUCAACAUGGGAUAAUCAAGCGUUAAGUGGUUGAGAAAUUGACAAAUCAUAUCUAACAUCCCUUCCCUUCCCUUCGAUUAUAACAUCAACCUUGAUUAAUCUUCCAUCUAUUUCCCACAACAGUUUCUCUAAUGAAAGAAAAAGCAAAGCAUUGAAGUGAGCAGCCAACCAACCUACUUGACCCUCUGUCACUUCCAGCCACAGACUUGCUUCUCACAUUUAUUCAAACUGUACCUUGCUUUUGUUUCAUAUAUUCUUCACCCACAUAAACAGUAGAAGAAACUAGUAACACACCUGCAGGAAGAGCAUUGCCAUGAAGAAGUAUCUUCAAAUGGCUCAUCCUCGAAGCCCCGGUGGGAGUGAUGCCGAUGGCACUGAUCAUCUAUCUUAUGAUCAAAGCAUCAUAAUUCCAAACAUCGCAGCUGAUAGCUUUGAAAGGAAACAACUCUCAUGGUUUGCCACAUCUCAAAUCCCCACAGAUUUAGCAGUCCAAGUUCAAGAAGUUAUCUUUAAUGUCCACAAGUAUCCCUUGGUAUCAAAAAGUGGCUACAUUAGACAGCUGGAACUUCAGCCUUCGAUCUCAAAUUUUGGGCAUGAUCUCAAGCUUGAAAAUUUUCCAGGUGGAUCGGAAACAUUUGAGAUGAUUCUAAAAUUUUUUUAUGGUCUCCCAGUAGACUUAAAUCCCAAUAAUAUAGCAGCAUUAAGAUGUGCAUCCGAAUAUCUAGAGAUGACAGAAGAAUUUGAAGAUGGAAAUCUCAUAGCCAAGACAGAAGCUUUUCUCACCUUUGUAGUCCUGGCUUCCUGGAAAGACACUAUUACUGUCCUCAAAUCUUGUGAAACCCUAUCUCCAUGGGCAGAAAACCUCCAGAUUGUUAGAAGAUGCUGUGACUCAAUAGCUUAUAAGGUUUCACGAAGGAACUCAUCAACUGAAGAUGUAAGAGAAGAAAGUUGGUGGUUUGGUGAUGUGGCUACCCUUCACAUUGAUCAUUUCAUGAGGAUUAUGACAGCAAUCAGAGCAAAAGGAACAAAAGCAGAGAUCAUAGGUAAAUGCAUAAUGAAUUAUGCAGAUAAGUUGCUGCCAGACAUGGAUGAGGGACUGGAAGGACUGAGAGGAUAUGGAUUUGGAAAGAGUGAGUUGCAGUUCAGUAUUUUGAUAAAGAAGGAAGAUGAGAGUGCUGGACAAAACAAAGAACAAAGAACAAUUAUUGAAAGCCUAGUAAGCAUACUUCCUUCCCAGAAUGGAGCAGUUUCAUGUAAGUUCUUGAUGCAGAUGCUGAAAACAGCCAUGGUGUAUUCCGCAUCACCAGCUCUGAUAUCAGAUCUUGAAAGGAGAAUAGGAAUGAUGCUGGAAGAUGCCAAUGUAAACGAUCUACUGAUCCCAAAUUAUAAAAUUGAAGAUCAGGGAAUAAUGCUAAAUACAUCUGAGCAGCGAACAAUGCACAACAUAGAAGUGGUGCAAAGAAUUUUGGACUAUUUCUUGAUCCAUGAGCAACAACAACAACAGCAAAAAAUAGGGAAAACAAAUGUUAGUAAGCUAUUGGACAAUUACUUAGCCGAAAUAGCAAAGGAUCCAAAUCUUUCCAUCACAAAAUUUCAAGUUCUUGCUGAAUCCUUGCCACAAAAUGCUCGAUCAUGUGAUGAUGGUCUCUAUAGAGCCAUUGACAUCUAUCUGAAGACUCAUCCUUCAUUAUCUGAGCAUGACCGGAGAAGAUUGUGCAAAAUAAUGAACUGUGAAAAAUUAUCAUUCGAUGCAUGCAUGCAUGCUGCACAAAAUGACCGGUUGCCCCUAAGAACUGUUGUCCAGGUUUUAUUUUCAGAACAAGCAAAGAUGAGGAUGGAAAUGCAUGGCAAGGAACCAGUAACAAGAGGAGAUAAUUCUGAACAAGAGGAGCACCGACCAUCCACAAACACGGAGAUAAAGAACCUCAAAUCAGAACUAGAGAAUGUAAAGACAAAGAUGACAGAACUACAAAAUGACUACUCUGAACUGCAACAAGAGUAUGAAAAAAUAUGCAGCAAGCACAAAAAUGCACUAGGUUGGAGUUUGAAUUGGGGGAAGAUUAAGAACUCUUUCCAUGUGAAGGCAGAAAGUGAUGACAAUGGAGAUGGACAGAAGAGACAAAAUCCAGGUGUUUUCAGACUCAGCUUUAGACGUAGGCGAUCAGUGUCAUAAAUUCAUUAGCAGUAAGCAUCUUGUAAUGUCGAGGCUCAACCCAACCAAUAGCUUCAACAGUAUUAUGUGAAUUAUUUUCCCAUUUUUAACUAGUUUAUUGCACAAGGUUUAGAGUGAGUGUUAUCAUAACACCAGAUCUUAUCUUAGCCUAUAAAACAUUUCUGCAUCUCUCUCUUAUAAAUCAAAGAUGCAAGGAACAUGUUCAUAAUGGAAAGCGAACUGUGAUCUCAAUCAUGUAAAUCUCAAUGGAUCUGCAUUUAUUAGACCAUAACAAAUGUUCAUAAAGGAAAGGAUAUGUGAUCUCUAUCAUGCAAAUAUCGAAGGUUCUGCUGUUAUUACCAUAGUCUUUCUUACUAACACUUUAUUACAGCGGUACAUGAGGUAGACAACAACUUAGGACUUAUAAACAAGCAGCUAGAAAUGUGUCUCAACCGACACAGAAAACAAGAAGGAAUUUGAUUUUCAACGGAGGAUUCAAAGACGUUGUUAGAUCAACAAUUAUGCUAAACCCCGAA